AGCUGGGCUGCACUAUGCAAACGGGUUUGAUUUUAUGUUGGCUUAAUCGGGGGAUCUUGGAGUUCUGGGGUGCAAGGCCUUGGGGGUUUCCACUUGUGCUAGAGAAUUGUAGGCACGUGCCCAUCCAAGGCCCUUUGCCUCUGCCAGUUCUUUGCAGCUGCUCUCUAAAGUUCCUGCUUUAUAGAUGUGUUUGUUGUGCUGUCAUACUUGAGGACAAAGUAUCUGGCCAAGAAAAGCCUUGAUCAGCAGGAAGUGGCUUCUGCAGCCGAGGACUGAAAUUCCCAGCUCUGUGUUUUGCAUUUCUUGGGUGGCAACAUACAGCAAGGAAGUGUCCCGCUGCCUUCACCCACACCAAACGUCCAUCUGGCAGAGCACCUUUGCCAGGAGUCUCAGCAGCUGUGGAAGGGAGCCUAGUCCUUUGAUCCAGAGGUGGAGGAGGCCAGAUCUGGAGGUUAAGAGGUCCUAAGGUCUGUAUUUAGGCUUGGGGGAGUGUCUGGAAAUGGGCUUAGAUGCUGUCAAUUGGAUCUAGAGCCCAGUAAAAAGAGCAGCUUCCCAGUCCUCAUGGUUGCAAAGGAAAUCAUGAAAGUGAUUAUACAAGCAGUGUUGAUUAACAGCUUCGUUUUAAAGACUGAACGUAUCUUGUUUAGGGCAUAAAGAGGCAGAAUACCUGUGCUUUACUUGGCUGAUUCUUUUCCCUACCGCUCCGGAUGCCUAUAGAGUCUCCUCCAUCCUUUCUUGUGGAUGGCUAUUUAGCAUGUGGUCCCCCUUCUGGACUCCCCAAAGGCGUCUGCUUGGCCCCUGUGGGGAAACAGGAUGUUGGAUUACUAGAUGGUCCUUUAGCCUUUUCCUGGAGGGCUGUUCUUAUGACCAGGAAACCCAAGAACUCUUUCUCCUCCAGGGCCCUCCCCCAGGGUAAAAAAGGCUAAGAGGUUAGGAACAGAUGUAGUCAAUCUAGGUUGUCUGGCCAGGCAGAAUCUCUGGAUGUGUUCACAAGUUUGCCUCCUCCUCCCAAUCGAUGGCCUUCCCUUUCUUCCCUUUCCCACAUCACUUGCAUAAGAGUGUUCCCUCUUCUGAAUUCGGGGCCCUUCUGAGGUUGGUGAGAGUCUGCUUAGGUUUUGCAUGUUCCACUAUAGUGAGGCAGCGCUUCUGCUAUUAGCUCGUUUGAGCAAUCGGGAGCCGGGCCAGUUGUUGCUAGACGAUUAACUUGGCCAGAAUAGCUUCAAAGUGCUGCCCUCUGGUGGACAGAUUGCAACCAUCAGUCUGCUCGACCCCGGAUAUUUUGAACAUGCAUAAUGUAUGCUCCUUGGCUUUUGAAUGCACAGGUGACUGUUCAGCUUUACUUCCCGGUAGAUGCAAGCCUGUCCCAGAUUACUGGCUAGAGAUAAACCUCUCAAAGGAAGAAAGUCUCUCCGAGAGAGUGAUUGCAGCCUCCCAUCUAGCGCCAGGAUGGGGCUGGAGCCUUUUAGUUUUGAAAAACUGAACCGUCGGGCUCCGAGACCACGUGAAGGCAGCAGCGGAGGUGUCAACCACAUCCCUGAGACUCCGUCUCCUCGAGUGGCAGUCCUUCAUCUCUGCCUGCCUGCAUCAUGAUCUUCCUCCUCCUUCUGAGGCACCUUGCGUAGAUCACUUCCUGCCACUGCUUCUGAAGACGCACACGCCACCCCUCCAGGGAAGCAUUAAGAAGCGAAGAGGGACCUGGAAAGCCCUUGGGGAUGUGUGGAACUUGUGAGAACCUGCAAUGACAAAUUAGCCGUGGACAUUUGGGGCCUGAAAGGUGUCCGAGAGCUUCCCCAGGGACAGCAAGUGAGGCCUUCCCCAAUGCGCUGCUCGUGCUGCCAGCUUGGAGGCCUUCCCAAACCCGAGGUCUGGUGAUUCGUAGGGUUGCCAGUUAGUGAUGGACACAUCACCCCCGCCCUCUGCCCUGUAAAGAAGAGAGUCCAGUGCUGCUUCGCCUCCUUUCAGUCAGUCGGAGGAGUUAGAGCUGAGGGCCACCAGCAGCCCAGACUUGCUUCAGGAUGGAGGAGAGGGAGCCGAGUCUGCGGCGCACGCUGGCGAUCAGCAAGUGGGAGAGUCCCCUCACGCUUCUGGACAGGCUCUCAGUGACCAGGGGCAUUUGGGAGCUGCUUGACACCCAGCCAGAACAAGCCACAGCGCUGCUCUCGGAGCAACCAGCUGGGACGUUCAUUGUUUUCAGAAAUGAGGCCGGAGGUUCCAGGGUCCUCUUCCUUCGGACACAGCAAGGCAGAAGUGCUGCUGUCUGCCGUUUCCCCAUUGAGGAAGACAGCUCAGCCGUUUAUCUCGAGGGUUCCCGGCUCCGAUUCCGAGACCUCCUUGAACUGGUUGUCUUUCAUGUUGUGAGCAGGGAUAUCCUGCCCUGCCCACUGAGGAUCCCGGAUGCCUUCAGACUUCCACACAAGCCUGACUUAGAUGCCAUUGCUGCGCUGGGCAUGAGGUUCUGGACAAUGCCCCUUAAACCUGGCAAUGGGCAGGUAUCGGCCGAAGCCGAAGAGGAGCCCAUUGGGGUGAGCAGAGACCCCCUUGGCUCCAGACAGUCGGCCUGCUCCAUCCGGGUGACAUCCGAGGAGGGGGCGCUGUGCAUCAUCAACCCACUCUUCCUCUCGGUGCACAGUGACACCAGCUGGCUCAACUUUACCCCAAGCUUGUGCCGCUCCAGCAGCAAGAGGGGCACCCUGAAAGCCUGGAAUGGACAGAGGAGCCCGGAAGCAUCUGGCUUGGCAGAAACAGGAUCCAGGAAAGAGGAGCAUCCGGCCCAGGAGCGUCUGGGCCAUGUAGGGUCUCAAGAGGAGGAGGAGGAGGAGGUGGAGAGAGGUGACCCUCCGCCUAGCUUGGCCUCCGUGCGACGCAGGCUUCUUCUUCGCAGCCUGGCCUGGAACGGUUCUGAGCAUGUCUCGGAGGAGCUCCCGUUGUCCCCGGAUCAGAAGGAAAUCCGGUCCCCGCACCGGGUCUCCUGGAUCGAAGGCGUCCCCGCGGCGACGCCACCGCCUUGCUGGCCCCUGGAGAAGUCCAACUCCGAGUCGUCUCUGGUGAGCGAGAGCAUGCUGCUGCCGCCCAUCCCCGAGCUGGAUUCGCUCUCCAUCAGCAGCGUGGAGGACGAGGUCGACGCUCUCUCCCUCAGUGCCGCCGCUCAGAAGAAACGCUGCUCCACCUCCUCCAUCUUGACCUACAAGGUCCUCCAGCGCCUCUCGGCCGUGGGCAGCACCCUCAGCGGACUCCUCUCGGCCGAGCGCCGCAUCUCCAACCGGGUGCAAGAGCUGGCCCAGGAGCCGGUGACCUACCUCGGGGGCCUGGUCCAAAGCUUCGUGGGCCACAUCCUGCAGGGCGCCGGGGCCCGGCACCUGACCAGCACGGACUUGCUGCAGGAGAUCCGGCAGAUGCUCAGCAACCUCAAGGGCUACUUGUGCGAGAGCUCGGAGCUGCACGCCUUCUUUGAACACAGCGACGCCGAGGAGAUAGACCUGGGUUCUGUGGUGGAAGCCGCCCUCUACAAAUGCAUACUGAAGCCGCUGCGGGAUUCCAUUUAUGCCCAGCUGCUGGACUUCCACACUCGUGAUGGGAGCCUGGGCCGGCUGUGUGGUCACCAGGCCACCAUGCGUCAGCAGAGCCUGGCCGAGCUGGGAGUGACGGCUGGCGUGCCCGACGGGCCCGGCCUGGAGCGCAUCCAGACCAAGCUCAGCCUCAUGCACCAGGCUUACUCGCCUAAGAAGAAGGAGACGCAGAUGCUCAAGAUCUGCAAGUUGCUCUACGAAGCCAUGAACCAGGCGGCGGGCAGGACAGAGCCGUUUGGUGCUGACGAUUUCCUGCCUGUCCUGACCUACGUGCUGGUGAACUGCGACACGGUGCCAGUGCAGUUGGACGUGGAGUACAUGAUGGAGCUGAUGGAUCCCAGCCAGCUGCAGGGAGAAGGCGGUUAUUACCUCACUACGUGGUUUGGGGCCCUCUACCAUAUUGCGAACUUCCAGCCAGCGGCCAUGGUGACGAGGCAGAUCAGUCUGGAGGCCCAGAACUCCAUCCACCAGUGGCAUCGCCGCCGUACCGUCUACCAUCACCCCCACCAGGCUCACCGGCGUCCUUCACAGAACAUCCUCUAUGUCUCCUUCCUCGAGCCCUUCAACAACCAGAAGACCAUCUCCGUGCCCACUGACAUGACCACGGCGUCCGUCUGCGCGGUGUGUGCCGAGAAGUACCGCAUCCCAGACCCUGCGGCCUACGGCCUCUUCCUGGUGUCGGGCAACUCCUCUCAGCUCCUGGCAGGAGACAGCUGUCCUCAAAAGCUCCGCUCCGAAAUCCUCCGCUCCCAAAGCCCCUCCGUGAGCUUUGUCUACAAGCCCAGAGAUGGGGCACUGCCCGCCAGCAGCCCCACUUCUCUUCGGAGCCCCGAGAGCUUGAGGGCCUGAAAGCUCCCCGGAAGGGUGGACACGGGACAGUCGGAGCUGGAUUGGACACGGGUCACUGGAAGCAUCCCAGAAGCUUCUUCUUCUUUCCUUGAAGAUCGCCCAACGUUCCAGGCUGUUGACUUGACAGAAACCAACCAGCUGGAGAGAGUUGGGAAUAGGAUUCUGGUCAAGAAGAGACUUGCACGGGCUGCCCUGGGCUGCAAUACUGGCCAUAAAAUUGUCUGGCAAGGUCUCCUCCUUCUCUUUCACUCUUGCGUGUGGAAGGGAACCGAAACGCUUGGCCUGGUGGCUUUGCCCCACCACCGCCACCGGCUUGAACCAAAGCAGGGCUCUCUUGGAUUCGUGUGCUACACAUCCUUUUUUGCUUGAAUAUCUGUGGCCCGCAAGCACGUGUCCGACUUACAAAGCAAGACUGUGCACACGGGAGCUUUUCAACCAUUCAGGCCUAACUCAUCUUGCAAAGUACGCACACUCUUUGCUCAAGAACAUCCGAAUGGCUUUGCCAGCUGGGACUGCCAUCUGUUUCAUCCAGGAAUCCAUCUUCCAGGGUGGCCAGCUGGACAUCUCUCAAGAAGCCCAUAUGCACUUGGGGGAGGUCACUUGAAAUGGACCAGUAGCCCACCAGCUGCUGCCCACCCUGGCUUGAACAUCUGAGAAUCGAGAGCAGCCUUAGGCCAGGCGGAAACAUCCCUCUUGCCCGGGGCCAUUUUUGGAAGGUCGAUCUGUUAUCUCACUGUGUGAGCGUGAAAUGUCGUGAAUUGUGCAAAAAUGCAGCGCCCUGAGAAAGCCGCCUCCUGCCCCUGUUCUUGCUGAGUGUUUUGUUCAGCCAUUGAAGCUGGGGGUUGUAGUCCAGCAACAACUGGGGACCUGAGUUCGAAACACACACACCCACACACACCUUAAAGGCUUCAGAGCCUCAGCUUGAAAUCAUGUCUGAAGUCCCGGCAGCCAGACGCCAGGACCACAGAGGACUUCAGUCUCCACGAGAGGAUGUGGCUGGCGUGCUCUUCCUCCCUCCCCGCCGAGGCUAGCAGAAUAAAUUAUGGAACU